AUCAUUGCCAACCACCACAUGCAGUCCAUCUCCUUCGCUUCUGGGGGAGACCCGGACACAGCCGAGUACGUCGCCUACGUUGCCAAAGACCCCGUCAAUCAGAGAGCCUGCCAUAUCCUGGAGUGCCCCGAGGGCUUGGCGCAGGACGUGAUCAGCACCAUCGGGCAGGCCUUCGAGCUGCGGUUCAAGCAGUACCUGAAGAACCCCCCAAAGCUGGUGACACCCCACGACAGGAUGGCGGGGUUUGAUGGCUCUGCCUGGGAUGAGGAAGAGGAGGAACCGACUCCCGAUCACCAGUACUACAACGACUUCCCCGGCAAGGAGCCUCCCAUCGGGGGGGUCGUGGACAUGCGGCUGCGGGACGGGGCUGCUCAGACCCCCAAUCACUUGGGGGCCACGCUG